AGUGUUCAUUUGCAUUGAACUGCUAGGAAAGUGAGUACGUAGCUGAGGGAGCCUUCUCCGAUGCUGUUUUUUGCGGGGGUUUUAUUGAGAUAGUAUGUGGUUUCUAUAGUUUAAAUUAAAUUAUGGAUUCGGAGAGAGAAAUUACACAGGAGUUAACUGACAGCAUACGGGAGGUGAUUGGGAGGAAAGUGAAAAUCUCUAUGCUGUCGCCUGUUCGAUGGGAGAGCAAGCCGGAUAAAUAUGAGCAGCGCAUCCUGGCUUUUACGGCAUGUCGGUUGUUUAUCCUGACGGCUAAAGUUCCCAGCAAGAUCGAUUGGACGUUCAACUACUUGGAUCUGGACAUUAUUGAAAGCAAAAAGUCAAACCAGUUUUUUCUUACCGUGGAUGGAAAGAUUCACAAAUUUUAUACGAACACCACCACCAACGAACGGGUGGACAUGAUGAUAAUGCAUUUAGUCACUGCAGUGAAAAGCAUCUUUCCGGCUGCCCCCAUCGAACGGAUAGUGCGAAAAAUAGAUCUCCUGCCAUAUGAACGCCUACAGAAUCUUCAAAAUAUCCUUGAGUCGCUUGAAAUACGGGAUUGCGGGCCAUGCGGAGGUUAUUCUAGGAUGUACGCCUGCAUGUGUGAUUAUCACUGUUUACCUUAUCGGGAAGAAGUCGCAUGGGAUGUGGAUACUAUUUAUCACGCGCACAAUACUCGGGAGUUUUGCCUUCAAGAUUUUGAUCAUCUGGAACCCCGUGAUCUGAUUCCCAUCAUUUCUGCACUGGAGCAUAAUACAUGGUUCACCCGUCUUAAAGCCAGUAACAUCAAACUGUUACCCGAGGCGGCCGAGCAGAUAAUCAGGGUAAUGAAGAAAUCGACCAGUCUGGAGGAGCUUUAUAUGGACAACAUUGGUAUGAAGGGGGAAUUUGUUCACAAGCUCUCCAUGGCCCUUAUUGCCAACAGUUGCACGGCGGUGCACAGUCUCAAUUUGGCUAAUAAUUUGAUCGAGGACAAGGGUUUGUCCAGUUUAUGUGGAUUUGUGGCCAAAGCUUCUCCUAUAGCAGGCGCUAACCAUCUUAGUGCUCCAAUAUGCAAAGCCACCAAGGGCCUAAUUGCACUUAAUUUGGCGCGAACGGUGCUCAGCAGUAAAGGAGUCAAUGCGGUGGCACACGCCUUAACCCUCAACAAAUUUAUGGCCACCACAUUGAAAACACUUAGUUUUGCUGAGAAUUCUUUGCGCGAUGACAUUUCGCACUUGCUGCGGUUUCUGGGACAGCCGAACACUUUGACCCACUUGGAUCUGUCUGGCACUGAAUGUAAUCUCGAUAAUUUGUUUUUGGCCUUGUCCACGGGAUGUCAUACUCAUCUAUCUCACCUUAACGUCUCACGGAACGUUUUUGCGGCGAAAAAGAAAGAUGUUUCCUCUGCCUCCUCUCAACCGGUUAAACAGUUUUUUACUUCUGCCAAAUCUUUAAAGUCUGUGGAUCUCUCGUCCACACGACUGUCCAGUGAUAUUUUAAAGUCAUUACUUCUUGGCUUUGCCAGUAAUGCACAUUUAUCCGACGUCAAGCUCAAUUUGAGUGGCAACGAUUUCAAAUCCUCCCAUGCGACGCAGAUCAUGGAAACCUGCUUGCCGGACAUACCAUGCAUUUCGUCCUUAGAUCUGAGUGAAUGCAACUUGGAUCAUGAAUUCUCAGUGGCGGUCUUGGCUAUUGCCCGAAAUUCUCAUCUACGGGAGUUGAAUCUCGCAAGGAAUUUUCAGAAUGUUAAACCAAAGAAUUUGCCUCAGCUCUUGAACGCAUUGGUUCACUUAAUCCACGAUGAGGAUUCGAAACUGCAGAGUCUUUCGCUGUCUGAGUGCAGGCUGAAAAGCGGUGCCGGUCUGGUAUUGAGCGCUUUGGGUAGUAAUCAAUAUCUGAAGACUAUUGAUAUAUGCGGUAAUCAAAUCGGUGAUGCGGGUGCUCGGAUUUUCGCCAAAGCACUUCAGGUCAAUGCUAAACUGGAGACAAUCAUUCUGGACAACAACAGCAUCACCCAUACGGGUUAUCAGGAUUUGGCCUGGGCUCUGGAGAAGAAUCAUUCCAUAAGGCACAUUCCUUAUCCUGUUUUCGAUGCAGCUGCUUCCAUGAAAGUCGUACCCGAAAAAUUUGCCACCGUUCUGAAUGAGAUCGAAAAAUUGUUAUGGAGAAAUCAAGAGCCGCAGACGAAAUGCAAUGAACGCUUGAUACGUUUGAAGCAGGGAGUGGUUUUCUCCAAUUCACAGCAGAUGGUGGAUCAGCUUAUCUGUCAAGUGCAAGAUGGUAUCGAUACAUUGAAGCGAUGCCCACAAGUGGAAGAGUUGGACACGACAGCCCUGGAACUGGAAGGGAACGAAUUAGUCACGGAUGCCGAUCGUUUUAAACAGUUUCUACACCAGCUCCAUGAGUCUACAAAUGACAGCAGUGAAUACACUGGAGGAGUCGGCAAUUUGUUGGAGUAUUUUGUUUCCCAGUUGAAUCAGACUGUCGAUAUGCAACUGCGGGAUACCAUUGAGAAAAUGUGUAUUAAGGCCGAAGAGCUUUAUCCUCAGAUAUUUCGCCGGAAAAAAAGUUUUAAAGGCGAUUUACUAGCCUCAGCGAGGAUCCCACAGGAUUUCUUAACGCAGUGCAUAAUGCGUCAACUGGCUGGUGAUGUGGAAGCGAAAAUGAGCGAAGUGGUGCUGUGCGCCAGCAGCCGUUUGUCUGACCGCGUACUGGAAGAUAUCAUCAGUAGCAUGUCCAGCUGCCACAAUCAUCUGAGUAACGCCAUCAGAUUACACGCCGAGUGGUACAACAGCCAUAAAGCAUCUCCACAUCGUGAUCAGAAGCAGAAGAGUUCUGCUGUUAAUGGCACAUCUGAAACCAUAGAGAUCGUUACCGUUAAGACAUCGAAACCGCGAUCGUUCUUUACGAGGAAAAUUAAUCUCCGUCCACAAAGUAUAGCCGGCAAUGAUGUGGACCUGAUUGCCAUCGAGGAAGCUUUGAAAUUGGAGAGUGUUCGUGAGGUGCCACCUUCUCCCACUGAAAUUCCUCAAGAGGAACCCCGUCAUCUGCACAAAUUGGAGCAUUUGAACAAAUCGCGUCCAAAACCUAAACGCAACCGUCCUAUUUCGAAACCUCCCAUGUCAAAAUCAUCCGGCGACAUUCCGCCUAUAGACGAUGGUCUUGGGAAUUUUUUUGCUCUUCCCGAGCUCAACUCAGGCCAUCCAAAUCGUCUUUCAUGGAAUAAGGCGGAUGCGGUUCAGUCAUUACCCGUCUUCAUGGCCAGUCCAUCUGUAGCUCGGAAAGAAUUAGUCCGGCCUGCAGAUGAAGUGGUUAAGCGCACAUUCGAACCAGUUGUGGAGGAAGUAGAGCGCAAUGACACAAAAAGCAGUGAAACCGGUGCAGGUGGUAAGGCACCAUUUGGGCUUUCAGAACGGGGAUUCACUGCUGAUAUUAUGGCAGAGAUGCGAGCUAAGCAGGAGGCUAGAGCAUCGGGGAUAUUUAAUCUGAACGUGAAUAAUGGGGGAAACGUUGAACCUGUAUCGAAUGGACGGAGUAAAAGUCCUCCACCUCCUACCACGCCGAAACCACGAUCUCGUAUUGGAGGCUUGGGAAAAAGUCUCGGGGCUAAAAGUUCAGAAGAACACGAGAAUGGCUCCAGUACCUCACCACCAUCACCCACUACGCCUCUCUCCAACACACCGGACAGUUUGGGACAUUUGGAUACGGCUAGCAUUGGGUCGGAUUCUGGUGUUAUGAACGACUCCGGAUCCCAUAAAUCUGUUCGGGCGUUGGUUUCCAGUUUGGAGCAUGCAACCGGUGACGAUGUGGAAGCUAUGCGGAAGGGAGCAUCGUUACCGCGCACAGUAAUUGCAGCGAGUGUUACGCGCUCCAAAUCCAUGCGCUCCGCAGAGACUCCUGAACAAAACAAUGUUCCGGCUCCUUCAAACUCUGGUGGCUCUCCACCCACGCCUAGUCGUCCGAUGCGGACUCUUAAACUGAAAGAUCGCGUCAAAAGUCUUUUUAAUGAUAGCUCAAAGGAUGUCAAAGCUCCUACGGCAGCCGAUGGAAAGACCAAAGUUAUUGAAUUUUGAGUUUGAAUGCUGGUUUUGCAGUUUUUAUGAGUUUUUAUAAUGUUUUAUACAAAAAUGCCAAAAUUUAAAAGUUUUAUGUUUUUAUUGGUUUCUGUGUCAUGUUAGAAGUUUCUUGACAGUUAAGUCUGCUUUUAAGCACUCAUGUCAUACGCCUUGGCUGACGUGCAAGAAAUUUCAUUCCGAAAUUCUACAGCUUUGUAGCGAGGCUUAAUCAAGCAAACUUUGGAAAAACAAAAACAGUUAAAUGUGGC